AAGCUUCAGUCGGAUCAAUUUAGAAGGAUAAUUCAUAUCAACAAAUCUAAUCUUGAUGUUUCAGUUUGAGUAUUUGUAUGACGUUUUUUUUAAACGGAAAGAGAUUACGUUUUCGCCCUGACGAGCUUGUCUGGUUCAUCAGAAAAAGAAACAAACGUAUUGCAGUAAUAGAACUUGGCCAAAUGGUCAUAUGAUUGUCUAACAUAAUAAGAGUGUGGUUAUGCCAGCGUGCCUAACUGCAUUUCUGUUGAAAAACAACGUUUUGUGGGUAGCUUGUUUAACGGUUGUCAAGAAUUAAAACAAGGUCUAAUCUCAAACAGCUACCUGGGCACCAAUCCUUUUACACAAAUGCAGUUUUUGAUCCAGCACACCUGGGACAGCAAUCCUGUGAAUCAUGACCCUAUCAGGAUCAAUUUCUCUCCGGGGCAAGGGGGGCUGAAGAUAGAGAUGUUUGGUCCCUUCUUCAAUGACCCAGCAGCUCCUGCAGGGCCCCCCAGUCAGCCCUUCCCUGGACUCUGGGAUUAUGAAGUUGUGGAGUCCUUCUUCCUUGAUAGUACUACAGAAAAUUACCUAGAAGUGGAGUUUUGUCCACAUGGGCAGCAUCUGAUAUUAUUGCUGUCAGGAGUUGGCCAAGCAUUCCAGCAACAACUGCCCAUGGUGUUCAAUGCUACGAUCACAGGGGACAGGUGGAUGGGUGAGGCUCUCCUCCCCUGGUCGUACUUCCCUCCUAAAAUCAACAAGAUGAACUCGUACGCCAUCCAUGGCUCAGGAGAGAAGCGUACGUAUGAGGCUCUCUACCCCAUCCCCAAGGAGGAGCUAGUGGAAGGCCAAAAACCCAACUUCCACCGCCUGGAGUAUUUCCAAAAUUUCCGCCUGCAAAGCAUCAUGGGAGAAGGUUGGGUCCAGCCAGAGUCUGGUCUGUGGCAUGGAAAAGCCUGAGCUUUUGGAAAACACUCAUUUUUCUCUCUCUCUCUUUCUCUUUGUCUCUCUCUUGUACACACAGACGCACACACACACAUGCACGCACGCACGCACGCAUACACACACACACACAUGCACGCACACACACACACAAACCACGGCAGCAGGGAAAUAGUACAAACACUCAUUGACGGAAAACAAAGGGCAAUCAAUCUUUAUUAGUUAAUGAUGCCAAACGAUAUGACAAGAAAUAUGUUAUCAGCUUGUCAGAGCAUAUUAGCCUUCGCACACAUCUGUACAAGCGCACAGUCACACACGCAUCACAAGGUAUUGGACGUCACCUUAAUUUGCCUUGGCAGAGUGUGACCUACAGCAGUUAUACUCUGGAUGGUGGCGAGGAAUGCUCGUUUUGACGUUCAGCUCCUGUGUAGCCUGUGCAUUUCACUACAGUGAAAGAAACCACAGCAGGUUCUUGUGAUUCUUUGCCCUGACGCACACAAACAAUCGUACACACACCACUAAAGGCAAAAAUCUGUUCUUCAGAGAUACUAAAGAUGUCAAAGCUUUUAAUUUAGUGCAUUGUUGCAACCAUUCCACUAUCCUUAUUGAUAUUCUUUUACAAUUAAAUGUGUUUACGUAUUGAUUACAUAUUGCUGAAGUGAAGUGAGUCCGUUUUUUUGGGGGGGACUGUUUGUGAUACAAUGUCACUUUAACUGUAUUUCUAAUGUGUGAUCAUGUUUCAGUGCCAUGUCUAUCUAUUAAAGCGAUGGUUCAUCAUAUGGAGAAAUAUGAUUUUAAGCUUUCUUGCUGAAAGUUAGAUGAGAAGGUUGCAAUGGUAGAAGAAGCACUCUGAUCCUUUACUUAUGUAAAAGACCAGUACAGCAAUGUAAAAAUAUGCCAUUACAUGUAUAAGUCCUUCAUUGAAACUCAUCCUUAAAGGUACUUUUUGUAACUUUUUAAUGUUUCUGAAACUGUCUAAUGUUCCAUCUGAUGAUCAUAAAUGACCUGUAACAGCAAACGAGA